CUCACCUCUGCCCUCCCAGGUGCCCCUUGGGCCGCCCACACAGCCCUCUGCUGGCUUGUCUUGGCCUCCCCGCCCUGGGCAGCGGCCACCAUGUUCUCCUGCGUGAAGCCCUACGAAGAACAGAACUACUCAGCCCUGAAGCGGGCCUGUCGGCGCAGGAAAGUGCUCUUUGAAGACCCCAACUUCCCAGCCACCGAUGACUCGCUGUACUACAAGGGCACCCCGGGGCCUGGCGUCAGGUGGAAGCGGCCCAAGGACAUCUGCGAGGACCCCCGCCUCUUUGUGGACGGCAUCAGCUCCCACGACCUGCACCAGGGCCAGGUGGGCAACUGCUGGUUUGUGGCAGCCUGUUCAUCGCUGGCCUCCCGAGAGUCGCUGUGGCAGAAGGUCAUCCCAGACUGGAAGGAGCAGGAGUGGGACCCCGAGAAGCCUGAUGCCUACGCGGGCAUCUUCCACUUCCAUUUCUGGCGCUUUGGGGAGUGGGUGGAUGUGGUCAUCGACGACCGGCUGCCCACCGUCAACAACCAGCUCAUCUACUGCCACUCCAACUCCCCAAACGAGUUCUGGUGUGCCCUGGUGGAGAAGGCCUAUGCCAAGCUGGCGGGCUGUUACCAGGCCCUGGAUGGAGGCAACACGGCGGAUGCGCUGGUAGACUUCACAGGUGGCGUUUCUGAGCCCAUCGACCUCACCGAGGGUGACUUUGCCAAUGAUGAAGCCAAGAGGAAUGCACUCUUUGAGCGCAUGCUGAAGGUGCACAGCCGGGGAGGCCUCAUCAGUGCCUCCAUCAAGGCGGUGACGGCGGCAGACAUGGAGGUCCGCCUGGCCUGCGGCCUGGUGAAAGGCCACGCCUAUGCCAUCACCGACGUGCGCAAGGUGCGCCUGGGCCACGGGCUGCUGGCCUUUUUCAAGUCUGAGAAGCUGGACAUGAUCCGCCUGCGCAACCCCUGGGGCGAGCGAGAGUGGAACGGGCCGUGGAGCGACACCUCAGAGGAGUGGCGGAAGGUGAGCAAGAGCGAGCGGGAGAAGAUGGGUGUGACUGUGCAGGAUGAUGGCGAGUUCUGGAUGACCUUCCAGGACGUGUGCCAAUACUUCACCGACAUCAUCAAGUGCCGCCUGCUCAACACGUCCUACCUGAGCAUCCACAAGACCUGGGAGGAGGCCCGGCUUCGCGGGGCCUGGACGCGGCACGAGGACCCGUGGCAGAACCGCAGUGGGGGCUGCAUCAACCACAAGGACACCUUCUUCCAGAACCCGCAGUACAUCUUUGAUGUCAAGAAGGCAGAAGACGAGGUGCUGAUCUCCAUCCAGCAGCGGCCUAAGCAGUCCACCCGUCGGGACGGCAAGGGCGAAAACCUGGCCAUCGGCUUCGACAUCUACAAGGUGGAGGAGAACCGCCAGUACCGCAUGCACAGCCUGCAGCACAGGGCCGCCAGCUCCAUCUACAUCAACUCACGCAGCGUCUUCCUGCGCACGGACCAGCGGGCAGGGCGCUACGUCAUCAUCCCCACCACCUUCGAGCCAGGCCACACCGGCGAGUUCCUGCUCCGAGUCUUCACUGACGUGCCCUCCAGCUGCAGGGAGCUGUGCCUGGAUGAGCCGCCCCGCUCUUGCUGGAGCUCCCUGUGCGGCUACCCCCAGCUGGUGACCCAGGUGCAUGUCCUGGGGGCUGCUGGUCUCAAGGACUCCCCGACAGGGGCCAACUCUUACGUGAUCAUCAAGUGUGAGGGGCACAAAGUCCACUCAGCCAUGCAGAAGGGUACCUCGACGCCGGAGUACGAUGUAAAAGGCAUCUUCUACCGCAAAAAGCCAGGCCAGCCCAUCACCGUCCAGAUCUGGAACCACCGAGUCCUGAAGGAUGAGUUCCUGGGCCAGGUGCAGCUGAAGGCUGACCCCGAUGACCUCCAGGCCCUCCACACCCUCCACCUCCGGGACCGAGACAGCCGGCAGCCCAGCGACCUGCCGGGCACCAUUGCCUUGCGCAUCCUCAGCAGCGCCACCCUCACGGCUGUCUGAGGCCUGGCCGCCUGCCUGGCCCCCACAGUUCUCACCGCCGUCUGCAUGCCCCCAGCCAGGGAUUAGCCUGGGAGCUAGGACACCGGGGUCCUUGUCCCAACUUUUCCACUGACUUGCUGUGUGACCGUGGGGGGUCUCUGGCCCUCUCUGGGCCUCAGUGUCCUGAGGACCCCACAGCAUUCCUUUCUCACGGAGAAGUCUUCUUGCCUGAGAUUUAAAUAGCCCGCCCUUCCCCAGCUGUUCCCACUGCUAAGGGACUCUAUCCAUUGAAAAUGUUCCCCUAAGGCCCUGCUGUCAGCCCACGGAGUGCCAAGAUGCCACUGUUUACACACAAACUGCCAUACCCCCGAGCCCCACCCUUGCCUCUCCUUUCCUGCAACGGCCCCCGUGCCCCGGACAUCGCUUUCUCUGUCCCCAAAACUUGACUUUCUGGCCACCUUGAAAGGGCUCUCGGCCUUGGCUGGGCUCCUGCUCCGGCUGGGAUUUGGGAACAUGCAGGUGACACCUGUUCAUUCUCUAAUUCCAUCCACCUGCCCAACCCUUCAUUUCUCCAAGCGAUUUGCCAAGUGAGUAAACGACCCCGUGAGACCCCAGGAGGAGCUCUGGGAGACCUGGCGUCCAUGCUGGCCUGCAGCUCUGCUCCGAGGUCCUCUCUGGCAAGUGGUUGGAUGCCCAGAGAGCUGCGGCUACCGUCUCACCCCAUGUGGAUUUCCUCUCCAGCCUCUGGUUUAAGCCCCCCCCCCACCCCCAGAGGUUUUGUCAGCGAUGGAAAGGAAGGGCGUCUUCCUGUCUGCACGGCCCUGGUCCCAGAAGCCGUGUGCCCAGUUUGGUGGCCAGGGCCUAGGCGGGUAGGGAGGACAUGUGGACGCAAGUUGGGGCGGGGGACAUAUUCUCAGGACCCCCUUUGCUGGGAGCACUGGGAUUUCCUGGGAGAAGGGGCUCUGGGUUGUUGGUGUCAGGGCUUGGCGGGAGAGAGGGAAACCCAUCACCAGACCAGAGGCUCUCCGCCAACAUUCCCCCCAAAAUGCAGCCAGGGAGGCCACAGCCUUCUUCUUGCUGCCCGGACCAAAAUGUUCCUUUUAGUCCUCAACAUUUUAUAUUCUUUCUGUUUUUAAAACUCUCAAUUUUAACCAGGGGUUUUAAAAGGAAAACUGAA